AUGAGCUCUUCACGUUUUCCGACUGAGGAACAGUCAUCAGAACUUGGCCACUAUGCAAUGGACCGGGUUGGUGAUAUCGAGCUCGACCAACUUCUGGAAGACGAGGGUGCUUCUACACAAGAGCCUGAAAGGUCCGCAAGUGCUAUAUCACCACCGGCUAAGGUUGUGAGUGGGAUAACUCUGCGACUUUAUAUCUCUCAUUUUCUGUCUACUUGGAACUCCAGAGUCUUCGAAUUUGGUGCUGUCCUCUUCAUUGCGGAAAUAUUUCCUGGCACACUGUUGCCGGUGUCUGUUUACGCUGUUGUGCGCGCUGCUUCAGCCAUUUUGCUCUCAUCAAAGGUUGGAAGAUAUAUCGACGUCAAUGACCGACUGAAGGUGGUGAGAGGUUCAAUCGGCAAGUCCAUCAAGGAAUGUUCGCCCUAG